AUGGUCCUCGAAACCCCGCUGCUUCGCGUGAGCAGACCGGUGGCAGCAUGCUCGCGGUGUCGGGCUGCCAAGGUCAAGUGUGAUGGCAAGCUGCCCGCCUGCACCGCUUGCGAGAAGUCAAACAGAGCAGCCGAGUGCUCCAGUACCAACGACCAAUUCGCCCGUGGAAAGGAGAGGAGCUAUGUUGCAACCCUCGAGGCUCGGGUUGAGAAGCUCGAGAAGAAAAUAAACGAAGCAAGAGCCAGGAGGAAGUCGUCCGUAGCUAUGCCAGACUAUGAGAACUCUGCGACGCCGCGUAGGACCUCUGUUGACACGGUCAAAGCUUCGAAGCCUCUGAGCAAGCGUGCACAGAGACGGCAGGAGAACGCUGACAUUGACGAGUUGGUCUCCGACUUUGGUCUCCUCGCCGUCAAUGCUACGGCAAGAGACUUCUACGGCUUCACGUCCGCUAUGUCGUACGCCAAGCUCAUCUUGUCCGCAUCGUCAAAAGAGAGCUUGCCCUCCGGCAUGAACAAAGCACUUCCGCCAAGAUACGCUGCCACACCACUGAUCCAACAUUACCUGAACAACUUCUUCGUGCUUCUACCUAUAUUCGACGAGGCCAGCUUCUAUGCGUCCGUCGAUGCCGUGUACCACCAAGACCCAGAGAUGGCCACUGCAUUCGACUACUUGACAGUUCGCUUGGUGCUAUCAGUUGCCUGUCUUUCCCUGUCUGAACAGCGCGGUGACACUCACUACUCUGAUGCCGUAGGCCAUGUGACCGCUGCACUAGAACACGCGGAAGAUGUGCUACAUCCUGGUUUCAUCAGUAGUAUUCAGGCUCUGCUACUGCUUGUUCAGUAUGCCAUGCUAGACCCACAUCAUUUCGAUAGCUGGACCUUGAUUGGCGCUGCUUCGAGGGCCAUGGUAGAUCUCGGCAUCCACCAAGAUCCUUCCAAGAGCGCGGCAGUAUCCAAACCCAAAUUAGAACUCCGCAGACGGGUGUACUGGUGUGUGUAUGCUCUGGACAGGUCGACUUCACUCGUCCAAACCAGAGCUUUCUCAUUCUCUGACGAUUCAGCUAAUGUUUCUGUUCCAUUUUCUUUAAAUUCUAUUUCUUCGCCGAAACAAAAUUCUCCCAAAACCCAUGUUUGGCUCCAGUCCUUCGACGCCGCUCUUGAUCUCUUCAAGAUACGACAACUUCAGUCAUCUUGGUACAUGGACUUAUUUCAAUCUGGACGUGAUGCUUGGCAUGAUCCAUAUCCAUAUAUCUGGAAGACGUAUAACGAGAUGACACAUUGGUUCCAAGACAUGCCCGCCACGACUCUCCCAUCAACGAAAGCAUUUUUUGAGCUCGAGCUUUUGUACAGUUAUGUCUAUAUCCUCUCUCCUAGCUCGCGGAUACCUCAUAUCAACGAAUAUGCCCAACGUCUGAUUUUCGAGCACUGCAUUACAUACGCAACGAAACUCCUGGCCCUUAUGUCAAAGCCGAACAACACGACCAAACCUCCAGUAACCUUCUACGAUGCCAUGCGCGCCUACAUGACCGGCCGACAAUUCGUCGACGUCUUAGCGAGGAACCAAGACGUCAUUCUAGAUCCAUCCCCGCCUCUACCACCUGCCCCUUCAACG